UUGUCGGUGUCGUCUGCGCAGUUAGUUUCAGCAGAAACUAAGAAGUGUCGGGAAACAUGAUCCUUAUGCAGUGACUGUUGAAGUGCCGCUUGGUUGAUGCAAGAUUUUGACGAAACCUACAGCCCAAGAAAGUCCAAGAAACAGGUUGUGAACACACCAGGUUUUCUUAAAUGGUUGAUCCAACAGUGUGUCUUAUCAUUCUCCUGUCUGGUGUUUUGUUUUUGCAGCAACCACUUCAAGUUUCAUCUUCACUUGGCGAUACUGAAAGCAUGGCAACCAUGAAAGCAGUGAGUUUUGACGAGCCUGGUGGUCCAGAGAAGCUGUACAUCGCGGAGGUGAAGCGGCCUGAACCAGGGCAGGGGGAGGUCUUGGUGAAGGUGUAUGCAUCGGCCAUCAACAGAGCUGACACACUACAGUUGGGAGGAUCUUAUAACCCACCACCGGGUGCCAGUGAAAUCCUAGGUCUAGAGGCAGCUGGAGAGGUUGUCCAACUAGGACCAGGGUGCUCAUCCAAAUGGAAACAAGGUGAUCGCGUGGCAGCACUUGUUGCAGGAGGAGGGAAUGCAGAAUUUGUACUGGCCCAUGAAGGUCACCUGAUGCCUAUGCCAAGUCACAUGACCAUGUUGGAGGCUGCUGGCAUUCCAGAGGUGUGGCUCACUGCCUAUCAGCUACUGCACUUUGUUGGUCACGUGAAGGCAGGAGAUCGAGUCCUGAUCCAUGCCGGGGGCAGUGGCGUGGGAACCGCAGCUAUUCAACUGGUCAGAUUAGCAGGUGCAGAAGCCAUAGUCACAGCCGGGACACAAGCUAAACUGGAUAUGGCUCAAGAGCUGGGUGCAGUGGCUGGCUUCAACUACAAGCAAGUCGACUUUGCUGACAAAGUCUUGGAAUUCACGCAAAACAAAGGAGUAGACUUGAUUCUGGAUUGUGUCGGAGGCAGCUACGGGGAGAAAAACCUGCGGGUGAUUGCAAUGGAAGGGACUUGGGUCCUGUAUGGAUUAAUGGGCGGAGUCAACGUAGAUGGACCCAUCCUUGGAGGAAUACUUCGCAAGAGGGUGACCUUAGUUGGAACAACGCUCAGAACAAGAAGCGUUGAAUACAAGACGGACCUGGUGGAAGCAUUCACCAACAAUGCCUUACCUCACUUUGGGACGAGACUUAAACCAAUUACAGACCGUGUGUUCCCAUUGGAGGAGAUCGUCGACGCCCACAAAUACAUGGCGGCCAAUAAGAACAUCGGAAAGAUUGUACUGAAAGUGCAUGACGAAAAGCCAGGUACCGGUCACACGGAGUUGUGAUUAGUUCACUCAAAACAAAAACAAAAAUGGUAAAAGAAGCGAUUUUGGCACUGCACUAUAUCACUUCAGAUCUUCCUUUUUACUGACACUUAUUGGAACCAAACUGACAAGGCUUGCCGCGUAUUGUAUUCUCAUUAGUAAGGUGACUUUUCUUUUCUUUUUGUCUGUUUAUAUUUCAUUUAUUUGCUCAUUGUUUGGAUUACUCUCUUUUUCAAUUUGAGGAGCAUGUAAUUCAUUUAAAAUCAUAUAUUUUAAUUCUUGACAAGCUGAGAACAUCAAUUGAUGUCAUGCUAGUGACACUUAAUCAAGCAUUCGGCAUAUUUUGUGCUUUUAAUAUGUAUAUUUUUUGCCUGAUAUUCACACAAAAAAAUAUGUAAUGUCGAACAAACAGUUACAUGUUUUUUAUUUUAAACUUAAAUGAAUAGACCAUUAUUAUGUUGCAGCCAUCAUGAUUUUCCCCAUUCAAAUCAACCUAACCAAAGCGAGACUGGAAGGAAAAUAGUCUGGAUCCUUUUUGCAUAAAAAAAACAUUGUCGUCUGUGCUUUUGUUGGCCCUCAUGCAUCUUCCAUGCAAAUUUCAGACAAAUUCAUUUUUUGGCCAAAAUUUAAAAAAAUGCAAGGGCUUAACCUUGCAUUUUUAUUAAAUUUUGCUCUAAAAUUACUUUUCUGGACACAACUCUAAAACACUCCUUGCACUUCAAAGUGCAUUUCAACCGGAUUGAAUUAGUUUGGAGCAUUUAAACAUCAGUUGUGGUUAUUUUUAUACUUGGUAUGCUAUUCAUGUAUGUGUAUUGUCCACAAUCAAUGAAGAACUGUAAACUGUGUAUAUUUAUAGGAAAUCACUGAAUAAAUCCAAGAUAAAUACAAAUUA